AUGCAUCUAGAGAACAAGCUGGCCUCCAGCAUGCUCGAGGUGGAGCUGCAUCAGAAAUCUGCUCCAGCUUAUGCAGGCCCUACAGGGCUGGCACCCACAGGACUCACCCACAGCAACCACAAACCUCUGCAGGGGGUCAACAGGCUGGACCCUUCCAGCUCCUACCCCAGUCGGGCUGCUGGGCAGGACGGUUGGUCUCCCACACACCGGGAUUUUGGCUCAUUCCUAAUGGAGGAGAGGUCUCACACUCCUUUGUCCCAGCUCUUCAGCUCCAGAUCCAAAGACCCCUGCUCUACAGAAAACACUCCUUUGCUGCGGAAUUCCUCAUCAGAGAAAGGCACAAAGCUCUUGCUUUGCAGGCCCCUUUACCAUCCAGAGUUCAUCACCGCUGCAGAAUCCUGGGAAAGCAGCUCGGCUGAGUGGGAGCGACGCUGCCUGCUGAGCAGAGAGGUGGAGGGCUUGUCUGCCUCUGCGUCCUCGGAGAAGGGGGAGCUCCCGGACAACGCUCUGGUUGGGUUCCGCCUCUCAAGACUGAGGUGCUGCAUGCGGUGGUUGAAAAUCACAGGCUUGUUCGUCUUCGUGGUGUUGUGCUCUAUUUUAUUCAGCCUGUAUCCAGAUCAAGGGAAGUUCUGGCAGUUGUUGGCUGUGUCACCACUGGAAAGCUACUCUCUGAACCUCAGCAGCCGUACUGAUUCCACGUUACUCCAGGUGGACCUGGCAGGGUCCCUGACAGAUGGCGGUCCAAGUCGUCCCGGGAGAGAAGAGCAUGUCGUGGUAGAGGUGACCCAGACGGAUGCUUCAGGUUCCAGGAGGCGGCGGCCACAGCAGGUCAUUCACAAUUGGACAGUAUUUUUAAAUCCAGGAAGUGAACACUCCGUGGUGAGCAAGACCUUUGAGAUUUUGAGCAGGGAGACUGUUUCCAUCCACAUUCGGGCCACCCUGCAGCAGACCCAGGUGGUCCCUCUUUUGCUGGCUCAUCAAUACCUCCGUGCAAGCGUGGAAGCACAAGUGACCAUCGCUGCAGCCAUCCUCGCGGGGGUCUAUGGCCUGAUUAUAUUUGAGAUUGUUCACAGAACCUUGGCAGCCAUGUUGGGUUCCCUUGCAGCAUUGGCAGCACUGGCUGUGAUUGGUGAUAGACCCAGUCUGACCCACGUGGUGGAGUGGAUCGAUUUUGAGACCCUGGCUCUGCUGUUUGGCAUGAUGAUCCUUGUAGCCAUAUUUUCAGAAACUGGAUUUUUUGAUUAUUGUGCUGUAAAGGCCUACCGUCUGUCCCGGGGAAGAGUGUGGACCAUGAUCAUCAUGCUGUGUCUCAUUGCUGCCGUCCUUUCAGCCUUUUUAGAUAAUGUCACCACGAUGCUCCUCUUCACUCCUGUGACCAUAAGAUUAUGUGAGGUGCUCAACCUUGAUCCGAGACAAGUCCUGAUUGCGGAAGUGAUCUUCACAAACAUUGGAGGAGCUGCCACCGCCAUUGGGGACCCGCCCAAUGUCAUUAUUGUUUCCAACCAGGAGUUGAGGAAGAUGGGCCUGGACUUUGCAGGAUUCACCGCACACAUGUUCAUUGGGAUUUGCCUCAUCCUCCUGGUUUCUAUUCCACUCCUGAGACUCCUUUACUGGAACAAAAAGCUUUAUAACAAGGAACCUAGUGAGAUUGUUGAACUGAAGCACGAGAUUCAUGUCUGGCGCCUGACUGCACAGCGCAUCAGCCCAGCCAGCCGGGAGGAGACAGCGGUGCGUGGCCUGUUGAUGCGGAAGGUGCUGGCACUGGAGCGCUUGCUGGCACGGAGGCUGCACACCUUCAACAGGCAAAUCUCACAGGAAGACAAAAAUUGGGAGACCAAUAUCCAGGAACUGCAAAAAAAGCAUAGGAUAUCAGACCGAAUUCUGCUCGUCAAAUGCCUGACAGUGCUAGGAUUUGUUAUCUUCACGUUCUUCCUCAAUUCAUUUGUCCCUGGCGUUCAUCUUGAUCUAGGAUGGAUUGCUAUUCUGGGUGCCCUCUGGUUGUUAAUUUUAGCUGAUAUCCAUGAUUUUGAGAUAAUCCUACACAGAGUGGAAUGGGCAACCCUUCUAUUCUUUGCAUCACUCUUUGUUUUGAUGGAGGCACUGGCGCAUCUCCAUUUAAUAGAAUAUGUCGGAGAGCAGACUGCUUUGCUAAUAAAGAUGGUCCCAGAGGAUAAGCGCCUAGCUGCCGCCAUCAUCCUGGUUAUAUGGGUAUCAGCCUUGGCAUCAUCCUUGAUUGACAAUAUCCCAUUCACUGCUACAAUGAUUCCUGUGCUUCUGAACCUGAGCCGAGACCCUGAGGUCAGCCUGCCUGCACCACCACUCAUGUAUGCCCUGGCCCUUGGUGCCUGCCUGGGAGGUAAUGGGACACUGAUCGGAGCUUCAGCAAACGUUGUUUGUGCAGGGAUUGCCGAACAGCAUGGAUAUGGAUUCUCUUUCAUGGAAUUUUUCAGGUUGGGUUUCCCUAUGAUGAUUGUGUCCUGCACUGUCGCGAUGUGCUAUCUCCUCGUUGCGCAUGUUGUGGUGGGAUGGAAUUAA